AAUUUACGUCAUCACUUAGGUGGCGCUGUGUCGUCGCGUCAUCAUUCGUCGAUCCUUUGUCGAGCGCAAGUAGCGAAAAAAGCUUUACAGCGAUAAGGUUGGAAAAUCUGCACGUUUUAUUUGGUGAACUGAAAAAGGUGGACUAAAAACGUGACAGCAUGGCCGCACUGAUGUGGAACGAGCGUCAGGCCUACGAGGAGCUGCUGUACUGGGACAGUCUGUUACAAGAAGGUCACCAGCUGCUGCCGGAGGACUUUGACAGGUAUGAAGAGCUACGUUACUGGUAUGACUGUCUAUGCUAUGAAGAGGAACUAAGACAGUACAAUGACUAUAUCGCUGUUAUGGAAGAGACUGAACAUAAACGACAGGAAUUUGCAUCGCCUCAGAUACCUUUACAGGGACACGAUCGACGAGUGAUGGCCAAACAUGCUGAGAUUUAUCCAUCUUCAGAGGAACUGAAGGCAGUGCAGACAAUUAUAUCUGAUGUGGAGUGUGCUCUUAAGGCUGUCUCUGAUACAAUGCGUGCUCCAAAAGAUGAUAAAGAAAAUGCAGCGGAGAAGAGCGCUGAUUCGGAAGAUCGUCUGCUGCGUGGCGUGAUGAGGGUGGGUGCAGUUGCCAAUGGACUUCUACUGAAGGGAGAUCUGAACCUGGAGUUGGUUCUACUUUGUUCCACCAAGCCAACUGUGACCCUGCUGAAACAAGUGGCUGAAAAUCUAACUGCACAGUUAAAGGAAAAGGAAAAAUACGUCAUAACCCAGUGUGUCGGGGAUGCAGCAAUUGUUGUGACAAGCAUGAAAGAGCUGGCGCUGAGCCUAACUAUCCAUGUGACGUCACCACUGGUCAGGAAAGAGGAAGAGAGUUCAACUCCAGAAGAAGAAACGCGAACAGUCAACGAUCCGCCGGACGUUCUGGACAGGCAGAAAUGUCUAACUGCCUUGGCGUCUCUCCGCCACGCCAAGUGGUUCCAGGCUAAGGUCAAAGACCUGAAAUGUGCUGUUCUUGUGAUCCGGAUAAUGAGGGAUUUGUGUAACCGUAUUCCUACAUGGGCACCAAUGGCUGGAUGGCCCAUUGAACUGCUGGUUGAGAAGGCGAUUGUGACGUCUGAGAGGUCACUGGGACCUGGCGAGGCUUUCCGCAGAGUUUUAGAGUGUAUUGCCUCUGGAAUCCUCCUGAAAGAUGGCCCUGGAAUUAAAGACCCAUGUGAGAAAGAAAAUGUUGACGCUAUCGCACAUCUAACUCUGCAGCAACGAGAAGACAUCACAAAGAGCGCUCAGCACACCUUGAGGCUUUUUGCAUUUGGACACUUGCGCAAAGUAUUGCGCAUUGAUUCCCAACAUGGUGCAGGAGUCAGCAACCAGGAGGCCACAGCCCAGAUAGCGCCUUCUGAGCACUUUACCCCACCAGCUAAGAGACCUUUCCAAGAGGUGGAGAAAGGAGAUGAAGGGCCUCAACUCAACAGCAAACAGAGAAGGUUCCUGAAGUACCAGCAGCGCUAUCAGAGGAGAUCAUUCACUGACGACUUGUCCAUGAAUGCUGUGAUGCGUUUGAACCAGUACAGACCCGGCUUGGAAUACAGGCUUGUAUCGCAGACUGGUCCAGUCCAUGAACCGGUCUUCACGAUGGCUGUGGAGUUGAAAGGAAAAACCUACGAGGCCACGGGAUCUUCCAAACGAGCUGCCAAGCUGAAUGUGGCCAACAAGGUCCUGCAGGAUCUCGGUCUUCCGAUUAGCUCAGAAUCUAGUGACAAUGCACAGGGAAGUCAGGGAACUAAACAGUCCCCUACAACCACAGCUACUACUUCCUCAGAUGAGAGUGGCCACGGUCCUAUUUUGACCAAAAACGGUAAGAACCCGGUGAUGGAGCUGAACGAGAAAAGACGCAGCUUGAAGUACGAGCUCUCAGCGGAAACAGGAGGAUCGCAUGAAAAGUGCUUCGUCAUGGAGGUGGAGGUGGAUGGUCAGAAGUUCAAAGGAAGAGGCUCUAAUAAGAAAGAAGCAAAGGCCUAUGCUGCUCUAGCUGCACUGGAAGCGCUGUUUCCACAUAGUGAUGGCACGUCGGGCAACAAAUCUGAAAAGAAGAAGAUCACCUACACAGACAUGCACAUUCCAGGGUUUGGCACUAUUCGUGGCAUCCCUUCAGACUCCAGGUCCCGUGGCUGGGGUCCUGGCAGAGGUCGGGGCAGAGGUCGUGGUCGCCAACCCACAUCAGCACCCAGUUAUAACACAAAUAAACUGUACGGUAAUAAUGAAGCUGGCAACGCAGCCAAAAACACCGGCACGUUUUAUCCUGAGACUAGCACGUACUCCAGCCCGCCCGUCUCCACCACCAGCACCCAAAAGGCGGCAAGCUACCAGUCGACACAGUCUUCCACCGACCAGGAGAGCCCGUACAGCUACGGAUAUGUAGACGCCAAGAAGAAGAUGCUGACUCAAGACCCGCAGACAGGAAGUCAGACCAGCAGUCAGGGUCACGCAAACUACUCAAUGUACAGCACAGCUUACCCGAGCUCUGUGACGGGGGGCCAGGCGUCUAAUAGCAGCAGUGGUUAUGGUUGGGGCAAUCAGUCAUCCUGGACCAAUCAGCAGGGCUACAACAUGUACCAGAGCUAUGGUGGGCAGGGUCAAGGCUCCUACUCCGGAUACAGCAACAUGAAUUAUUAAACACCACGGCCACACAGCGGCAGUGUUUGUGGAACCAGAAAGUGGAAUUGUGGCGUCACUCUUCAGUCACUUGUCAUUUUACUUUUUUAACAUCUUGCCGUCAGUUAUAAUUGUAGGUGACUGAGGAUUAUCUCUGACUUGUUUUAAUCACCAUGACCCUCAUCUUGAUGUGAACCUAAAAAAAAAAAAAAAACAAAUGUCUAACUCUUUCUAUACUUUGUUUUUGUUUUUUAGUGUGUACUGUUACAGUAUGUCGGCAUGAUUUUGAUUUUAAGUUCUCUGUAGUUUGAACGGAUUAAACUCUGAAUAAACACUGUA